UUGAAAGGUGGCUGGGAGCGUCGGACACCUCAGACGGCGGUGGCCCGGGAUCAGACCGCGUCUCAGGCGAGCCCGAGACGCGCCCCCAGCCCGCCAUGGCCCGCCUGUUGCGGGCGUCCUGUCUUCUCUCCCUGCUCCUGGCUGGCUUCGUCCCGCCGAGCCGGGGGCAGGAGAAGUCCAAGACGGACUGCCACGCUGGCGGGAGCGGCACUAUCUAUGAGUACGGAGCCCUGACCAUCGAUGGGGAGGAGUACAUCCCUUUUAAGCAGUAUGCUGGCAAAUACAUCCUGUUUGUCAACGUGGCCAGCUACUGAGGCCUAACAGGCCAGUACGUUGAACUGAAUGCACUACAGGAAGAGCUUGCACCAUUUGGUCUGGUCAUUCUGGGCUUCCCCUGCAACCAAUUUGGAAAACAGGAACCAGGAGAGAACUCGGAAAUCCUACCCAGCCUCAAGCAUGUCCGACCAGGUGGGGGCUUCGUCCCCAAUUUCCAACUCUUUGAGAAAGGGGAUGUGAACGGGGAGAAAGAGCAGAAGUUCUACACGUUCCUGAAGAACUCCUGCCCACCCACCUCGGAGCUCCUGGGCUCACCCAACCGCCUCUUCUGGGAACCCAUGAAGGUCCAUGACAUCCGCUGGAACUUUGAGAAGUUCCUGGUGGGGCCAGAUGGCGUGCCCCUCAUGCGCUGGUACCACCGGACCACGGUCAGCACCGUCAAGAUGGACAUCCUGGCCUACAUGAGGCGGCAGGCGGCCCUGACAGUCAAUGGGAAGUAAAUCAGGCCUGCCCCACCCCGUGUCCACCAUGCAGGGGCUGGGGAGGGACUCUGUUCAGGAAGGAACCCAUUUCUCUAAACACAACACACUCCCGCCACAGACCCCUUACUAAUAUACAAGGCCCCGACCUGACCCAAACGUGCACGUACAAUUGUCGUCUGCACUGCUGCGCAUGUGGGUGUCUGCACAUGUGCCUCCAGGUGUGUGUGACCGUGCGUGUGCAUGGGUACAGCCACCGCUGUCUACCUGCACAAAUAUGGGGGAUGUGAACCGUUUGUGUGCCCACAGCUGUGUGUUAUGGAGAGUGCUGGAGAACUCCCCUUUCUCUCCAGUUGUCUGUUCCAGUGACAGCCAUUCACUUUCAGUGGAGCCCAAGUUAAAACCAGCUCCAGAUCCAACUGUUCUGCUCUGACCCGGACCUCAACCUUGGGGCCGGCAUCUCCCACUGCCUCCAAACCUCACCACUGAAGUGCCCAGAAGUUUCUGGGUCUACCACACUGCCCCACCACUGAAGUGCCCAGAAGUUUCUGGGUCUACCACACUGCCCAAUCUUCCCCCUCUCCAUCAUGCAGUCUCGCUCCUUCCUGAGGGGCCCUCCCAAGCCCCCUCCCCCACCCCACGGUGCUCCCUGAGAGCAGCCGAGGCAGACGUGAGAGCAAGGGCCACGUCCCCGUGUCAGGGAUGGUGUCUCCAUGAAGGAGGGGCCCGAAGCCCUUGUGGGCGGACCUCCCCUGAGCCUGUCUGAAGGGCCAGCCCUUAGUGCAUUCAGGCUGAGGCCCCCGGGCAGGGAUGCCACCCCUGCUUUUCUGCAGGAUGUGCCCUCUCCCCUCACCCUGGCUCUUGA